AUGCUCGUCUUUCCUUUUGAGGGUUUUCGCACGGGUCAUAUCUAUCGCCAGCCUUCAUUGAGACCUAAAUCUGCGAUUUCACAUUCUACGGUGAAUAAUAACGACGUCGCAGUCCCUCCGAGCGCUUCUGCCAUAGGACUGUUGGAUGAAACGGAUGCAGAAGCGGUUGCUGCCCACAAGCUAGCUCUCCUUAGAAAAGAGCAAGAAAGGAGUCGCUGGCUUAACAGCCCUAACGCGUAUCAGAAGGUAGAAAUUCUUGAAACUGGCACGGAUAACCCCAAGAAGAUCACGAAGGUGACUACAAUUUAUUCUUCGUUUGUUAGCUUAAUUCGUGUGAUUUGUUUGGAGUGGGUGCAAGAUGCUACAUCUCCAUCAGCUAGUGGAACUCCUGUCAAAAUCAGCAUGCCUCAUCACUUUAGUCCUAUGUCGAGCAAUCCAAAAGAGUUCAAAGAUAAACAACGGGCUAUCAAGGAAAGUGGGCGGUUGGGCACCACAACCGCUGGCCCUCAAAGUCAAAUUCUUGAUGGAGUCACAUACGAGGAAAUCGCAAGAAUGCGGCCUGAUGUCGACGGUAUUGUUGGCCAAACAGACCGAACUGUUCUUAUUGGUACUGCCAGCAAAGGCAUUAUUGAUAGGCAACAUCAGCACAAUGCUCAGGUUUACCGUCAGCUCUAUGCCCCCAAUCCAUUUGCGUGCGAAACCGACGAAGACAUCAAGAAAUACAUGGAAGAGGUUGGGUUCUAA